UCCCUUUAUUGUGGCCGCUAAUCCCUCUUGGAGUUUCAGCUGCCAUCUUCCUCAUGGCCUCUUCUUUUAACUACUCUUCUUGCAAAUUGAAGUAUUCUUCCUUCCCUACUCUUCAAUUGGAGUAUUCUUCUUCUUCUUCUCUUCAAUUGAAGUGUUCUUCGUCCUCUUCUCGUCGAUUGAAGUAUUCGUCACCUCCUUCUCUUCGAUUGAAGUGUUCUUCACCCCCUUCUCGUCGAUUGAAGUACUUUUCACCCCUUUCUCGUCGAUUGAAGUAUUCUUCACCCCCUUCUUGUCGAUUGAAGGAUUUUCCCUCAUCUUCUCGUCAAAUAGAGUAUCAGGUUUUCUUGAGCUUCAGAGGUGAAGACGCACGCCGAAACUUCACCACCCAACUACUCCAAGUUUUGAAAGACACCGGAAUGAAUGCCUUCUACGAUGAAGAAAAACUGGAAAGAGGGAAGCAACUUUCACUUGCACUUUCCCAAGCAAUUUCAGCCUCAGAUCUCUCAAUAAUCAUCUUGUCCGCCGACUAUGCUUCUUCCAAAUCAUGCUUAGCUGAACUCUCUGACAUCAUGGAUCGCAUGCGCACUGGACAACAUAUUGUUCUUCCCAUUUUUUACUAUGUUGAUCCCUCCGAUGUGCAAAAUCUACGUGGGAGUUUCAAAUCAUCCUUUAAUGAACAUGAAUCAACUAGGCCACUCGAUGAAGUGAAGCGAUGGAAAGGUGACUUUGCUCAAGUCGGAAAAUUAAAAGGAAUUCAUAUAAAAGGCGACAGGCGAGGACACACGACUCAACUUCACCAGUCAUCUUCUCAAAGCUUUGGAAGACACCGGAAUAAGUGUCUUCUCGGAUAAAGUGGAGAUUCAAAUCUCUGAAGCAAUUGCAGUCCCAAUUCUCUCGAUAAUCGUUUUAUCUGAAGACUAUGCUUCUUCAGAAUCAUGCUUGGCUCAACUCUCUGGCAUCAUGGGGCACAAACGUGCUCAAAAUCAUAUUGUUCUGCUCAUCUUUUACCACGUUGAACCUUCCGAUGUUCGGAAUCUUGGUGGGAAUUUCAGAGCAUCCUUUGAUGACCAUGAAUCAAAUGGGCUACCUCAAGUUCAACAAUGGAAGGAAGACUUCGUUGAAGUUGGUAAAUUAAAAGGGUGGCAUAUAGAAGGAGGCAAAUUCGAUAGGUGAAUAAAUCAAUUGAAGAAUAAAGUUAAACAAGAGUC